AAAAAUCUUUCAACCCUGAGGCAAAGAUAACCUCAGUGCAGGAUCUAGUUCGCCGAUGGAAAGCCAAACCACUACAUGGUCGGUAUAGGAGACGCAUGGAAGACAACGCCAUUGACACGAAGGCUUCCCAAGGAUGGUUGCAGUCAGGUAAUCUGUUCCUGGAGACGGAGGGCUUCAUAGCCUCCAUCCAGGAUC